GCUAAACCGACAUGUACCAGGGGCUGUGAGAUCUCAACCUCAACGUACAAACAAUAGACAUUUGCCAUCGCCUUCCAGACGAUCAACUCUUCCCCGGAAAUUUCUCUCAAUUCUUAGAACGCAGAUGGCAAUCGAGAAGCCAUUGCCUCCAAAAGAGCUCAACGGCGGUGUGGAGAAGACUGACGGAGCCACCGACCUCGGCGAGAAAUACGAGAUCCCAGAGCCUGAGCCCUUCAUCUCCUUCAAUGCCUUGAAGGAUCGAAUCAGACACCACUAUGAACUUGCGUCUGACUACUAUUACAGCCUCUGGGGCGAGCACAUUCACCAUGGUUAUUUCCUCACUCCGGCCGAUACAAAAGAAAGAGCCCAGGUUCAAUUGAUCGAUCUUUUGCUUGAGCGCUCCGCAUUACCAAAAGGCAGCGAGGUCCUCGAUGUUGGUUGUGGAAUCGGCGGCACGACACGUCAUUUGGCCAAGAAUUACGGAUGCAAAGUCACGGGAGUGACAAUCAGUGGCCGGCAGGUUGAGAUUGCGAAGAAAUUGACAUUGGAGGCGAGCGGUGCGCAGCAAGAGGGCCAAAAAGACACCUUCAAGCUGGGCGACGGCUCUGUCCGCUUCAUCGAGCUCGAUGCCGAGAAAAUGGGAGACUUCUUCAGCACCGAACCGAAUGUUACAAAGUUUGACUGUGUGUGGAUCUCUGAAGCUAUGAGCCAUCUUCCAAACAAGCAACUUUUCUUCCAGAAUGCUGCCAAGUUGUUGAAUACCGGCGGAAAGUUGGUCGUGGCUGACUGGUUUAAAUCUGAGGACUUGACGGAGGAGCAGUUCAAGGCGGAUAUCUCGCCAAUUGAAGAUGGCAUGCUUCUUCCACCACUCUGCAGUCAGGCAGAUUAUGUUCGCUUGGCACAAGAGGCUGGACUGAAGACAUUUGCUGAGCCAUUUGAUAUCAGCAAGAAGGUUUCAAAGACCUGGGAUAUUUCCUGGUCGCUGGUUCAAAAUCCAGCUUUGUGGGCAUUCGCGAUAGCUCAGGGUCGCGAUGGCUUAGCAUUCUUGCAAGCUUUCCGAGCCAUGAGAAGAGGGUUUGCCAACGGGACCUUCAGAUAUGCUGUGAUGGCAUUUCAGAAAUGAUAAAGUCACAUGAUUUAAUACCACGUGAUAAGCGCAAGCUUUUCAUUGCCUAGAUUAAUAGACUGUUGCUUCAGAAGACAGCCAUUCCUCGAUCCUCAAUUCCAACAGCAGGUUUCUUUAUAUGACAGGAUACUGAGUUGUCGCAGUCCUAAGGUUAGGUCGAGUAUGCACACAGCCCGCGUUACCCCCACGUUUCCUCUUGUUUAUCUCCGUCUAUUUCCACCGUACCCCGCAUUACCAGCAUUGCACAUGUACACUAUGAUAUGCACUACGUCGAUGGCGUGAAGCGUCCCCGCAAUGUUUACGUGCAACUCGAGUGGGGUGCUUUCCACGGGCCGUUGGAAAAUGAGGGGCUGCUGCCAAAAGGGGCGCAAAUUUAAGGCUGUAGGAACAGCUUAUAUUUCAAUAUUUCCGCC